AUGGUCAACGCCCAGUAUGAAGCACCAGUUGCACUACUCAAUGAAAACAAGCAGUAUCAAACACACUGUGAUUUCGAUGAAGCUGACUCUCUGUUGUUGGGUCUGGAGAAAUCCAUGAAGACUGACAAGCAUUUGGCAGCACCUGAAGCUGUCGGAUCGUCCAUGUAUUACAAUCUUGAUGGUUGCAUCAGUAAGGCAGGCGACAUUUUUGAGAGCUACCCAAUGGCUCCUCCGAUGGCUCCUCCCAGCACUAAAGAUACCUCUGUGUCUUCUCAUGAUCUGAGUCUAUUCAUGGAUCAAGUCAUGCGUCCAACACUUCCAACACUUCCCCAACCUCGACCAUUCGACUUGAAUUUGUCGAUCGAGCUCGAGCCUCAUCCACAAAACGACAAGAAAAGGUUUUUGGAAGAACCCACUUUUCUCAAUACGGAACCACCGGCCUCCAAGAGAAGUCGGAUAUGUAAUGUCGUCGAGGACGACGAGAGUUCUCAAGAGGAAGAGUCACUUCCCAAGUUCAGGAACUACCAAGAACAACAGUGGCAAGAGCAAUACCAAGGUCUCCUUGAAUUCAAGGCGAAGCAUGGUCAUUGUUGUGUCCCGAACUCAUACCCACCAAAUCCAGUACUUGGAAGAUGGGUCAAGCGCCAAAGAUAUCAAUACAAGCUAAGAGAGUCGGGAAAGCAAUCAACCCUGGUUGCGCCUCGCGUCCAAGCUCUCGAAGCUGCUGGCUUUGUCUGGGACUCUCAUUCCGCUUUGUGGGAAGAGAGACUGAACGAGCUCAAGCAAUAUCGCAUCGCCCAUGGUGAUUGCAACGUUCCAUCGAGCUACCCCAAGAGCAAGCAAUUGUCUACUUGGGUCAAGUGCCAAAGACGACAAUACAGGCUCUUCGGGAAAGGAAAGAACUCCAAUCUCACUGAAGAGCGCAUUGCCGCUUUGGACGACCUUGGCUUUGUAUGGGACGGCCGAACUAUUGGAAACAGGUGUAGUAAAGCUGCCGCUUGCGAGAGUACCCGCCCAAGAAGUACCCGAUUUCUAAAUGCCAAUGUUUAA